AGCUUGUGGUCGGCGAAAUUAAUCUCUUGGUCUUGGACGUUGUGGAUUGUGUCGUGUAGUUUUAUUGCGAAUUUCAUUAUUCAUUGUUGUUUCAGUGUAUCAAAAUUUUGCAAUGUCUGCGAGUGGAGCUACUCCAAAAAAGAUGAAGAAAGUGGAAGUGGGAGAUGGUGAAGAAAGCCGAGAUUAUGAUGCAGAAACACAAAAAGCAUUAGAAGAAAUCGACGCUUGUCAGAAUGAAAUCGACGCUUUGAAUGAAAAAGCAAGUGAAGAAAUCCUUAAAGUUGAGCAGAAGUACAACAAAUUAAGGAAACCAUACUUCGAAAAGCGGAAUGAGCUGAUUCGAAAGAUACCUAACUUUUGGGUGACCGCUUUUGUAAAUCAUCCCCAAAUUUCUGCUAUCCUUGAUGAAGAAGAAGAAGAAUGUCUGCAUUUUCUGACCAAAUUGGAAGUUGAGGAAUUUGAAGAUAUUAAAUCAGGUUAUAGAAUUAAGUUCUACUUCGAUGAAAAUCCAUAUUUUGAAAAUGAUGUCAUUGUCAAAGAGUUCCACCUCGGUUCUUCAGGUGAUCCAGCUUCUCAGUCAACUCCUAUUAAAUGGAAAGAUGGAAUGGAUUUAACCAAAAGACAUAAAGAAAGACAGGCACAGAUGAAAAAUAGCCGGAAAAGGGCACAUGAAACACCAAGGACAUUUUUCACAUGGUUUGCUGAUCAUGGAGAUGCAUCUGCAGACGAUAUAGCUGAAGUUAUAAAAGAUGAUAUGUGGCCAAAUCCACUACAAUACUUUUUAGUUCCAGAUAUUGAAGUAGAGAAUGGAAUAGAAGGUGAAGAAGAUGAAAGUGAGGAUGACGAAGUAGAUGAUUCAGUAGUUGUAGUUGAGGAAGAAGGUGAUGGUGAAGAUGAGGAGGAUGAUGGAGAAGGUGAAGAAGAGGAUGAAGAAGAAGUAUAUGAAGAAGGUGAGGAAGAUGCUGGUGAAGGUAUUGAGGAAGCUGAAGGUGAAUUGGAAGCAGAGGGUGCAGAAGGUGAACAGGAUGAAUGAAGCAAAAAAGAGAAAUAAAAGCUGCCACCACACAGUACAGUCCAUUGCAUACCUGUGUUUUGUAGCAUGGGGCCACACUUUAGAAUUUCUUUUGGUAUUGGGUGGUGCAAAAAGCAAAGCAAGAGAGCUUAGAAUAAUUUUAUUGCUUUAUGUAAAAUAAUUUUUGAUUCUUUAUUGAUACGUUUCUAAUGAGUUUUUCUUUGCGCUUCUGCAUGUUUUAAUUUUUUGAAUUUUGAUAUUUCAAGAUUAUAUUUUGUAUCUUUUUCUCUAAAUUUUGUUAUUUUAAUUUAUUGCUAAAUAAGAAAUUUGUCUGGGGUAUCUGCAUUUUUUUGACUCUAAAAAAUUAACUGAAAUGCAUAUUGUAUUUAUAAAUAUAACACUGAUCAUGGAAUUAUGUUUAAUUCAAUGAUAUGUUUAUUGAAUUUAAACUGUAUAUAUCAAGAAAGAUUAGUUUUUAUGUUUUGAAAAUUUUUUGCAGAUUUUCUGUGGUUAAAUAAGACUUUCUCUGCUUUGUGUUUUGCAGUCAUUACAAAUUUGAGGCAUUAUUUAUGCAGAUAAAAUGUUACACUAUGUAAAUAUUUUUAAUGAAACAAUUCAGUGUGAGGUCUGUGCAGCUUUGAAUUACCAAUAAGGAAUUUACAUAAUGCAAAUAUAUCGUAAAUUCACAUGUUACUGUCGUUAAUCAUUUUUGACAAUAAGAUCUGUUGAUGCAAGACUGCAAUUUUAUCGCAUCAUAUGGCCAUCCAGUUCUUCAUACCAGUGUUAGCACUUCACUACUGUUCUCAAGUGCUUUUCCCCCUCUAUAUCAUAAUUUUUUGUGUGGCCUGUCCAUUAUCAUCAUGAAAUGGCAAGCGCAUCCAUUUGUGUCUAAAAUGUUACAUGUCUUGAAUUAUGUUUGGGGAUUCAAGAAAACAAGGCACUUUUUGAACAGUAACAUAGUUCACAAUGGAUGUGUUGUCAAGCAUUUUAAAUACUCAUGAAAAUACCUGCAUUAUCUAGCUAAACAUUUUCAAACCUAAAAGACUUUGUCAGUUGAAUUGGCUGUCUGUAAACAUUUCUGUCAAUUCUUAGUAAACUUUGUAAAAUCUUUCUUAUUAUUUGUGGCUCAUUAUUUGAUCUGCAUUUGUAUAUCUCCUGCCUGCCUCAUAAAACAGGUUUAUGUUCAUGUACUCUGCUGUGUAAGGUGAAAACAAGCUUGUAUAGUGUAUAUAAUUCUGAAGGUGAGAACUGUUAGUUUGAUAACUGUAGCUGAAAAGCACUUAAACCUCUGCAUAAAAAAAAAUGAAAAAAGAAAAGGGUCAUUCCAUCUUUGCUUCCCCACCUUUCAUAUUUUUUACAUCUUUACAUCAGUUUUAUGUGUUCACUUUAUAGCCGUUGCUUAUUAUAAGUAAACAGGUCUAUUGUAAAGUGUUUUAAAUCAUGUACAGAUUGAAAGAAAAAGAAAGGAGAACUUAAAGUUAAAUCUUAAGUUUUAUUGCACUUUUACGUUAUUGAAUCAUCCAGAAGUAAACAUUUGCCUGUAAGAUGUUUUUCUCAAUUAAAUGGUUUAAUAUAAAGCGCUCCCAAUUUUAUAACUUUUCUAUCAUUUUUUAGUGAUACACUUACAUUUACAAAUCACACAGUUUAAAGCAAAGGUAUAAAUGGAUUCAUUUUAUGAAUUAGAUCAAAUACUAAGUAACUAAUAUUUGUCUGAAAAGUUAUAUUAAGUCAAAUUAAACAUUAAAAGAUUCAGCCCAUCUUCUAGUUGUAUAUUUUUUUCUAUGAUAAUUUUGUUACGUAUAUGUCAUCAGUGCAUUCAUGUAGAUGGUUUCAUAUUGUUAAUUAGUUAUUUCCUCAUUCAUAUAGACACUUGAAAUUUUAUAUAUAUAUAUAUUUUUUAGAACAGCGAUAUGUUUAUUUGAACUGUAUUUUCAUUAGGGAAACACUACACUUCUUUUCGUUUUAUUGUGAGUUUUAACCUUUGGCAUUGAAUUAUUUUUUAAACUUCUUAAUAAGUUUUCUUUAUUUUGAAUAGUGUGAGAAGUAUGAUUGUAUAGUGAAAUAUGCUGUUGGUAUUUUCAAUUAAAGCAACUUACUCAUGACA